UCUAUCUUUCUCUUUAUUUUAAUAAUAAUAUAUAUAUAUAUAUUUUAAUAAACCUGAAAAGGAGAGAGAAAAGAGAAAAGGAGAACAAGUGCUAUACUCAAAUGAAGAAGCAGAAUAUGUGCUUUUGAUAUAUGCAAGAUUUGAUUAUAUAUAUCUAUGGAGAAGAGAGGGGAGCAAAUGAUAAAGUCUGGGAAUUCUAUUUCUAUGGCAAAUUCGACAUUGAUGAUGAGUGAAGAGAUGCCGAGUAGUAGUAACAGUUUAGCUUUAUCAUCCACCGUAAUACCAAUAACAUCAUCAACCACAACUAGCAGUAUCUUUGACAUCAUGCCAUGUGAUAUAGGUGACAAAGAGUCUUUAAGCUUCAUGGACUUGCUUGAUAGGAACCAAGAUUUUGGUCCUUCUUUAUUCGAUUGGUUUCCAGCUCCGAUUGUUCCAAGCCAACCAUUACCAUCACCGGCAUCUACUGUUCCAGAAUCAUCGGAAGUCUUGAAUGCUCCGGCAACUCCUAACUCUUCUUCCAUCUCUUCAUCUUCUAAUGAAGCAGUUAAUAACGAUGCACCAGCUAAUAAGAAACCCGGAGAAGAAGAGGACCAAGAUCAAGAUCAGGACAAGAACAAGAAACAGUUGAAACCCAAAAAGAAGAACCAAAAAAGGCAAAGAGAGCCGAGAUUUGCUUUCAUGACGAAGAGCGAAGUUGAUCACUUAGAUGAUGGGUAUAGAUGGAGGAAGUACGGCCAAAAAGCAGUGAAAAAUAGCCCUUAUCCGAGGAGCUAUUAUCGCUGCACUAGUGCAGGAUGUGGUGUGAAGAAAAGAGUAGAGAGAUCAUCUGAAGAUCCCACCAUUGUUGUUACAACUUAUGAAGGGCAGCACACGCAUCCAAGCCCAAUAACACCAAGAGGAAGUAUUGCAAUUUUGCAAGAUUCAGCUGCUUUUGCUACUAAUUCUACAUUUAUUGUUCCUCAACCUCAUCAAUACCAGCAACACCAACAUGCCUAUAUGUAUACCUCAACGCCUUCUCUCAACAUCAGCACUACUAGUCCUGCUUUUCAUAGUCCCUCCUUUUCUCCAAGUUUUCAUCAAGAAAGACGGUUUUGUCCUUCAACCGCUUCUUUGUUUAGAGACCAUGGACUACUUCAGGACAUAGUGCCUUCCCAGAUGAGAAAGGAAGCUACAGAGGAGUAGAGGGAAAGGGUUAUUUGCAUGGCAUGUUAGUUACUGGUAUGUAAUUCUCUAACUGAUGACUUAUGAUGGAGGGUUCUGUCUCUGGAGAAAUAUCCCAUUUGAUCGACAUUUAUGACACUCAACAUAUGAGGUUCGAAAAUGAUGACUAGCGUUUUUAAUUGGCGUAUGCAGAGACUAGUUAAUUUCCUUCUCUCUUUCUUUUUGGUUCUUUUUGUGUUUAUUCUUUGUACCCGGAGAUACAUAUAUAUCUAAUAUACAUAUUAUUCGAUUAUGGAGAUAGUUAAUUGAGUUUUUGUAUAAUCAUUUUCCCUAUAUAGUAGUUAACCAAUUUCUUUAAA